UUCAGCAAACAAGUGCCUUCUGAAAGUAGCAACCUACGCAGCUCAGCUGGAGCAGUACCAAAAAGCUAUUGAGAUCUACGAACAGGUUGGAACCCAUGCAAUGGACAGUACGCUCCUGAAAUACAGUGCCAAGGAUCACUUUUUCAAAGCUGCGCUUUGUCACUUUUGCGUAGACCAUCUUAAUGCAAAACUUGCUGUGCAGAAGUAUGAAGAAAUGUUUCCCGCCUUUUCAGACUCGAGAGAGUGCAAGCUGUUGAAGAAACUUCUAGAUGCCUGGGAAGAGCAGAAUGUGGAUGCCUAUACUGAUGCAGUGAGUAAACAGUUGCUUUUUUAACAGAAUAGAGGACGU